GGGAAGGGACAUCGAGGAAGAUAAGGUGUAAAACCCAUCAAAGCCCAAAAUGGAAAGAGAGGAGAUCGUUCACAGUUACGUUAAUCCCACAAACUCGCCAGUGGGUGAACGAAGAAAAACUUUGAAAGAUACUUGGGAUUUCCAAUGCAAUUGUGAGCGCUGCGUUCUUGAGAGCACACAGCUGUCAAAAAAGGCGAUCAAGGCAAUGAAAAAGAUUACCACAGACAUUAUAUCUUCAUCUGGGCCUUCCGGUGCCCCGAUGACAUCCGCAUACAUGGAUGCAAGGUCGAGACGGGAUGUUCCACGUCUGCUGAAGAUAAUAGCCGUGGUCCAAAAGGAUCUUUCUCAGCUUGAGAAGGUCCUGAAGAACGACCUUGGCUCUGGAGGAGUUAAGUGGUGCCAGGUGACUUUAGUCCAUGCGCAGGCAUUGAUCCGUGAGGCGACGUUCUGCUUGCAAUAUAUUGACACAGAUGGAAGGGCAGACAAAUUUCUCAAGUAUGGCAUGGAGUUCCUUAGGGCGAUUGCGUUGAUCGCAAGCGGCGAUGAUUUUGAAGUUCUCGCUGCUUGCACGGACUCGGAAGAUGAUGGCGAUGAUGACAAAGGCAAACUUUUCAUGUCGGAAGAUGAUGGUGAUGAUGGCGAAGGCGAACUUUUCAUGUCCCAUAACCCCAAUGUCUCUACUCCCUCUACAGAGAACCCCAGGCCCAUUCCCCUGAUGUCACUUCUUGGCCCAGCGCGCAAGUUGUUAGGGGACCUAUCACUCGAUUGGCCAGCGUGAUGAGCCAUCUUGACCGAAAUGUGUGGUCUGGCAGCACCACCCCCUUUUAAAUUAACGCGGCCCAUCACCUGG